CUAUACGACAGGGUGGACGGCUGCAUACCACGGUAGUAUCUCGUUCGCGCCUCGAUUUCCUCUCUUUGCCGACGCGACGGUUCUGCGAGUAUAAAGACUUGGAAGAUGUUUCUUUCUGCGUGGAUUCUGGCUAUGGGGUUGCACUGUAUUAUCGGGACACCCUUAUCAUCGACUGACUUUUCGUUACCAAACGAUGCCCAGUCCGAAUGUAACUGCCCCGAAAUGAAAGUCAACAAUUGGAAUAACGUGCCGAACCCGUUUUCAUCCCUCCUCAACACGGUGAUCAUCCGGGGGAUGACCUGUUUCUGCAACGCGGGCAUUAGUCCAGGUCCUAUCAGGGAUGAUUACCAACUUUCUCCUGGAAUAGGAGCGCACAAGUUGCAUACUCGUCCUCUCGCGUGGAACGAGGCGAGAAAAAUGUGCGACGAGGAAGGAGGACACCUCGCGGUUAUCAACUCGAUUGCGGAAGCUGCAGUACUCCGAGAGAUGUUGAAGAAAGCUGGCCCCAUAAAGGGCGCCGCUUAUGGCGAAGUCGCGUAUUUGGGGAUGCACGAUUUGUACAAAGAGGGCGAGUGGGUGACUAUACUUGGCGACAGUCUGCCAAAAGCGGGAUAUACAAAAUGGAGCAACAAGUGGAAUGGACAACCGGACAAUAGCGGUGGCAAACAACAUUGCGGCGUGAUGCUGAUCGAUGGGGACUUGGACGAUGUUGUCUGCACCGUGUCUUUUGCUUAUUUCUGCGAACUUCCCAUCUCGUAGAUUUUCAUUUCAUCGAUUGUUUGAGGUAAAAACGUCGAUACAACUGUCGUGUACAUGUGCCAGGCGAGUGGAAUAAAAGUGUAGAAUAUUUAUCAGAAUUUUGCAACUUGCUGUAAAAACAACUCAUGGAGGGAAA